UCGCGUGAUCAUGCGACAUGAGUUGUCAGUUGAUUUCUAUCACAAACCACCUAUUAGCGACAGGUGAUCCGAACAGCCCUGUUGUCUGUUGAAAAGUAGCUACGUAUGUGAACAGAAGUGUUUAUACUGCUUAAACGGAUUAUAUAUGCUUGUCUACACAGAUUUUUAUUUUUCUGUGUGUGUUCAAUAAAUCUAUGUGAGGAACAAGGCAGACACACCGGGAUUAUGGCUUAUUCCAUCGUUAUACUUAUAUUGACAUUGCAAUGUAUGUCUGCAGUGACUGGCCUCUCGUUGGGGAACAUGUACCCAUAUCCACACGAUGGAAUUACAGGACCUGAUGAUCAACUCAUGUCUCGCACACUUGAUGGAAGUUCUCCUGUUAUCAGCUUCACCUUUCCUUUCUACGACAACGUAUAUAACACAAUUUACGUCAAUAACAACGGACAUCUUUCUUUCACUGGUUCCUACUCUGUGUAUAUUCCACUAGAGUUUCCGAUAUCUAUUCCAUUGGUAUCACUGUUUUGGAUGGAUGCUGACACUCGUACAACUGGACAGGUUUGGUACAAGCUUACGAACGAUUCUGCUCUACUUAAUCGCGCGAAAACCGACAUCGUAACAUUAUAUGACAACCAAAUAACAUUCCAACCAACCAAACUGUUUACAGCAACUUGGCUAGACGUCCCAUACUGGCAGGCAGUUGGAAGUGAUGCCACGAAGAGAAAUACGUUCCAGGUGGUUCUAGUAACUGAUGGAGUGAUAUCUUUUGCUAUGUUUCACUACCAGAAAAUAGAAUGGGCCGGGUAUGCCGAUAACGCCACCAAAGCUAUAGUUGGGUUUAAUGCUGGGGACGGUGUCAAUAGCUACACUGUGAACAGCUCUGACUACACUGACGUCAUCAAUCUUGAACAAAAAUCAAACACUGGCGUACCUGGCAAAUUUAUCUUCCGCGUCGACGGGUACACAAUACAACCGGCUGGCUCGACCGGUAAAUAUACUAAAUAUACAGGGUGAAUCAUUUAGAUAAACCUUAAUAUAUUAUGCAAUGGUUAUUUCUGCAUCGUCAUCGUAGCUUUUAAAAGAUAAGGACGUAUUCAGUGAUAAUUUUAAUUAUGUUUAGAACAAUAUGAAUUAUAUACUAUGUAUUUGUACUAUUAAACAAAUAUACAACAUGCGUUUAUUCGGUAUUUAAUAAACAAUUAUUGACUUCAUGUUAGUGUGACAAAAGCAUUGUGAACCACUGACGGGACGAUGAUAUAACCUGAUUCGGGUAGACAACACUUGAUGUCAGUCCCAACUUGAAGUCCAUAAUUGUAUGCCAUACAUUUUAUUAUUAUCAAUACAAACAAAUUGAAUAUUGAAAAUGAAAAUAGUGUCACCUGUACAUGUUUUUGAUGUAUAUCGUUCCAUGUAUGCCAAAGUCUAACCAUCAAUACUUAUUAACUUCAAUUCCUAACUACAAUUUUAUAUAAGGGCAUAAAUUGGUAAAGAAUAUUCACAUCAUAUCAUUGUAUACAUGUAUAACCAUACAGUGAUGAUUAGGUAUUGUAUCACAUCAAACGAACAGCUAAAAGGUAAGUGGUUAAUUAAUUAUAAUCAAUGUUUACAUGCCCGAUCCAGAUUUGUAGUUUCAUUUUUGUCAGUCUCAUUUACUCGUGUCAAGCCUUGAUAAAAUUCGAAAAUGCUUCAAUGUUUAAUUAAUACAUACAUGUUCUAGCAUUUAAAGUCAGACUGUCUUACCAUUAUAUCUUUUUUACAUUAGCUAGCGUUGCAUUUCAUCAACAUUUUUUAUGCAUUACAACAAUGUUAACAUAAAUAUUCCUGAAGAUAUUCAAUAGGAAUGAUUAAAGUGAAAUGUGUUUUAUUUCUCAAUUUAAGUAUAAAAUUACAGCUAAUUUUAAAUCACCUGUUGUACUUUUUAAGCGAAUAAUGACUGUAUAUGUGCCGUUGUCGUGUCCGUUUCCAGUGCAUCCGUGUUUUACAUCUUGCUGAUGAUUUAUUAUAAGUAUAUGAUAAUGUAUUCCAAAGUCGAUAAAUUGUUAUCUAUAUGUUGAUGUAGUUUGUUAAUUUUGAUGAUAUUGUGUUCUAAUCAUACAUAUUGUUCAGUCGAUCAACAGUCAUCUUAUACAAUUUUUAUUACAAUAUUGUAAUGUGUUAUGAUUUUACAUGUUUGAAUAUUAUAUGAUAGUUUGUCUAUAAAUUAUCAAAAUUAGAAUGCAUAAUAACUUCUUUAUUUGAUUUUCUGUCUAUCUUCAGUUAUCUUGUACUGUAUUGUAUUGCAAUAAAAUAUAAUGUGUUAUGAUUUUAAAUGUUUAAUUAUUUAUCAUAAUUAAUAAAUAUAUUAUCAAAAUUAGAAUGAAUAAUAACUGCCUUUUUAUUUUCAGUCUAUUAACAGUUAUCUUGUACCCACUGUAUUACAAUAAAAUGUUAUGGAUUAUGAUUUUACAUGUUUAAAUAUUUUACCAUAAUUGGUAAAUAUAUUAUCAAAAUUAAAAUGCAUUUUAACUGCUUUAUUUGAUUGCAGGUUUCCUAAGUGGUACAAAUGAUAAAAUAGCGAAACACAAUGUCUGAAAUAUAAUGGAAAACCAAUAUUUCGUGUCAGUAAAGUAAGCUAUGAUUUCA